AUGGACGCCGAUUGGAAAGCUGAAUUGAGUAUCCCCAAAAGGGACACCAGACCCCAAACGGAUGAUGUGCUGGGUACCAGAGGAAACACGUUCGAGGACUUCUUCCUGAAGCGCGAGCUAUUAAUGGGCAUUUUCGAGGCUGGUUUUGAGAAGCCGUCCCCAAUUCAGGAGGAGGCAAUCCCAAUUGCGAUUUCAGGUCGCGACGUUUUGGCAAGAGCCAAGAAUGGAACCGGUAAGACCGCGGCGUUCGUGAUCCCCACCCUUGAGCGCGUGAAGCCUAAGCUCAACAAGAUUCAGGCCCUUAUCAUGGUUCCCACGCGUGAGUUGGCGCUGCAAACGUCUCAGGUCGUGAGAACACUGGGCAAACACUGCGGGAUAUCGUGCAUGGUGACAACCGGAGGUACCAAUCUGCGGGAUGAUAUCAUGAGACUGAACGAGCCUGUUCACGUUCUGGUAGGUACUCCCGGUCGUGUCUUGGAUUUGGCCUCUCGUAAAGUGGCCGAUCUCAGCGAGUGUCCCCUUUUUGUCAUGGACGAAGCCGACAAAAUGUUGUCGCGCGAUUUCAAAGCCAUCAUUGAACAAAUCUUGACGUUUUUGCCCGCACAACAUCAAUCAUUACUGUUCAGCGCCACUUUCCCUCUCACAGUGAAGGAAUUUAUGGUGAAGCAUUUGAACAAACCUUAUGAAAUCAAUCUCAUGGAUGAAUUGACUUUGAAAGGUAUUACACAGUUUUACGCUUUUGUUGAAGAAAAACAGAAAUUGCAUUGUCUCAAUACCUUGUUUUCCAAGCUUCAAAUUAAUCAGGCUAUCAUAUUUUGCAAUUCGACAAACCGAGUCGAACUUUUGGCCAAAAAAAUCACCGAUCUAGGCUAUUCUUGCUACUAUUCACAUGCCCGCAUGAAACAACAAGAAAGAAAUAAAGUGUUUCAUGAAUUCCGUCAAGGUAAAGUUCGUACUUUGGUCUGUUCAGAUCUGCUAACCCGUGGUAUUGACAUUCAAGCCGUCAACGUUGUCAUCAACUUUGAUUUCCCUAAGACCGCGGAGACCUAUUUGCAUCGUAUCGGUAGAUCCGGUAGAUUCGGCCAUUUGGGUUUGGCUAUCAACUUGAUUAACUGGAACGAUCGUUUUAACCUUUACAAAAUUGAACAGGAAUUGGGCACAGAGAUUGCCGCAAUUCCUGCCCAGAUCGAUAAAUCUCUCUACGUAGCCGAGGAUAACUCUGCGGUUCCAGUCCCUUUCCCAUUGUCGUCUUUACCUAAUACAAUGGCUAAUGUUGCGGGUCAACAACUGCCUCCUCAACAGACUCAACCGCAAUUCCACGCGAUGCCUCAGCAAUACCCACCACAACAAAUGGAUCAACAACAACAACAGCAGCAUCAACAUCAACAUCAACAUCAACUUCAACACCAACAUCAACAACCACAACAAACACAACAAUCACAACCACAACAACUACAACAACCACAACAACAUCAGCAACACCAGCAACACCAGCAACACCAGCAACAAGAACAUCAACAACAACAACAACAACAACAACAACAAUAUCCACCACAGCAGUAUUCAUCACAGCAAUACCCACCACAGCAGUAUUCUCAACAACAGUACGCUGGGCAGCCAUUUGUGCAAGGUUCUCCUAUGGAAUCCGCACCACGCUUGCGAGGACAUGCAUCUCAGCAGGGCUAUUGA